UUACCAGUGCCUUUCACACUGAUUAUACAACCUUGAUAUUGUGUAGGAUGCUGACUGCCCUCUCACGUGGCAUUACUUACACGUCUCAUGGUCCUGGGCCUGAAUUUCCACCCCCCAUCUCAAGAAGGGGAGGCCCAACUCCUGAAUGGCUGCCAGGAAUGGGACAAUUCUCCUUGCUGCAAACAAGCCCUAAUUGAAGGUGAGAUGCUCUCUGCUCACAGCACCAGAGGGCCAGCAGGAGAAGGGGACAAAUCCUGUGGUACUGCUGUGCCUGAAGCCCCCAGCAUGGGACAUGAAUGGAUCUGGGCCAAGACACGUGUCUCCAUCUCUAGCCAAGCACACUGGGGCAAAUCAGGCCAGUAUGGGGUAUGAUCCUGGGCUCUCCAUGUUGGCACUCAGAAGGACCUGAAGGAGUCCUAAUGCAAACCAUGACCUCAGGAAGAAGCUCUGCCUCUCUGGCCCUCUGCCUCCCCUGCCUCCCUAUUUUCUUGCCCUGACGCACUGAGCCCAGAGGGGGGAGUGAUGACACACCUUGUUUCCCUGACAUCACUCCACACUUUCACUUUCUAGGGAAGUGACACAGGCGGAAGUAUUGUGGGCACCUGCCUGUUUCCGUCCGAACGUCUGCAGCCCCAAGUCCCAUGCCUCUCACCCACAGACAUCACUGUGUUUCAGAUGGCUGAAAGAGGGAAAGCAGAGAUGGCGGAGACCACACUCAGCUCCACAUUCUCCAUCGUUGUGAAAUCUUCAUCAGGAGUAUUUGCUUCUGUGCCGGUGUCUUUGGACGACACUGUACUAGACCUAAAGAUGAAGCUAUUUGCAUGGGAUAGGAAUUUCUACCCUUUUGAGUCAGUGCUGAUUCAUGAUGGCCAGGAGUUGUCAAACGAACUAACUCUCAGACAUUACAACAUUACCUCCAACAGCAUUGUACACCACAUUUUUAGGCCCACAGGUGAUCAAGAACCAGAAAUGGAACAGGGCAGUCCAGCAGGCAUCAUCUCAAGGAUAGUAUAUGAUGAUGAUCCGGAAGACAUCAUUCCAAUAGCCGAAUUUCAGAGUCCUCGGGGAGGCAUCAUCUCAAGGAUACAUAGCCAGGGCCCUCUGCCAGCCAUCUACUGGAGUCAGGGCACUAUGGUAGGCAACACCUCAAGGAUAGAAAUGCAGGGCGGUCCAGCACACAUUGCCUCAAGGAUAAAAAGGCAGGCCGGUCCAGCAGGCAUCACAUCAACAAGAGCAAAGGAAAUGCAGAAGUGGCCACAGUCAGAUGUCCCAGCUCAGGAGAGAAGCUGUCGCUGUGUGAGGCAGGAACUUCAAGAAGUGAGGCCGAAGAUAGAUCCACACAUUUUGGAGGAACAAAACACAUACAAAGCUUGUCUCCCUGGACCAGGCACCUUCCAGUGCUCUGAGACAGGCCUUGCCUUUGAGGUGGAGUCAGCAGCGAACAUCGUGUACAGAUAUGCCUCCUGGAGCACGCAUCUGAAAGAGGCUGACCAGAAUGUGUGGGUACCAGCUGGGCCUCUUUUCAACAUUGGGGCGCUGCCUGGAACCGUGCGGGCUGUGUAUCUCCCCCACUUCAUCUGCGUGUCAGAUGUAGACAUCAGUGGAUGCUCUAUUGCUCAUUUUGAAUUCCAGAAGAUGACCAUGCAACAACCAACAAAAGUGAUGGCUUUCUCUGCUGUCCUGGAGAAUCCCAGCUUCUCUCUUCUUGGGGUGGUUUGGAGAAAGUUACGUUCAAUCAUUCCUCUCCCUAUGCACUCCUUAGUGCUGAUCUUCCAGCAGCUCCGCGCUGCAAAUACAACCCUACAUCUCUACCUGAUCCCAGAUGACAACUCUGUGAAGCAGGCCAUUGAAAGACAAGAGACAAGCUGGAACUCAAAGCUUAUUCCCAAGCCUCCUCCAUUCAGCCCUCUGUUUUUUGGCCACAGAUACCAAGUGGCCAGUAAUACUCAAGUGAAGAUUACACCUGAACCACACUUGCCAUUUUGCUACAAGAGUCCUAAGGAACAACAGCUCUUUGUUGAGAUCUACAUCAGGAAAAUGGCAGAGGAAAUGGAAUUCUUUAUUACAGAUGGACAGAAUGACACUGUCAUCUGGAGGGCAUCGCUGAGAUCAGGUGAUAUUAGUCUUUCUAGAAAUGUCUCUAAGAUCCCUUCAGGUGCAGCCUUCCUGAAGAAGCACAAGACACAGCUUUGUUCCAGGAUGGGGCAGCUCUCCUCCAUUCUACUAAAUUUGAGGGUUGAAGAUGUAAUCAACAGUGAAGAAGAGGAGGAGGUGCAAGCUCAAAAUACAAAACAAAAGAAGAAUCAAUUUCUGCUGGACCUAGUUGAGAAAAAAGGGUCCAAGGCCCAAGAGAAGCUCUUUCAGGUCCUCCAGACAAAAGACCGAUUCCUUGUUGAAGACCUGGAGAAGAGCUAAGACCAGGAAAGCAGACAGCCUUUGCUCCCAUUGCCAGAUUAAGGGAGUGACAGGAGAGUCAGGCAAAAGGAGAGAUUUGUCAGUGCCUGAAUCCUGACCUUUCUAUGAAAAAAAUCCAUGAUGCAAUGCAAUGCCAAAGCCUUCUGAGCCACCAACUGCCAGGCCUGCUUCCCUUACCUGAUGUGUUCACUACAAGAGGACAGUUGAUCACCACUGAGGAGCUGCUGGAACAAGAAACCGUGGUUCCUAAUCCAGUGCCCAUGUUGUGAAGCCAUCUGCCUUCUGAGAACACAGGGCCUCUGCAGGGUGUCCCGAUGCUCCAGGCAGCUGCUGGUCGAGGAGCUCUCAUCACAGCAGGAAUCUCACAGAGACACAGAAUUGUAGGGGUUGGAAGGAACCUCUGGAAAUCCCCCAGUCCAACACUGCUUAGAGCAGCUUCCCUACAGUUUGUUACACAGGAAAGUGUUCAGGCAGGGUUUGAAUAUCUCCAGCCAGAGAAGGAGACUUUACAGCCUUUCUGGGCAGCUUGUUCCACUGCUCUGUCACCCUCACAGUAAUGUUUUUCCU